UAUAUUUUAAUUUUUAUUAAAUCAUGUUUAAUAAAAAAAUUUUACGAAUUCCACAGAUUUUAUAUAAGUCUUUUCUAUUCUACGUAUCUUAAAUCCCAAUAAAGAAAAUUUAAAAAGUUGAAAAAUUAACGAGAUGUGCGGCUGUGAUGUAGCUGUCAUUUGGAAGCCAUGAAACGCUGUCUGCAUAACCUGUUUUCUAUUAUUAAUGCGUUCUGCACUUUCCAUGCUCGUUUACCUUGUCAUCUUUAAAUCUUCAUAUUAGUUAGUUUGUUUAAUUUUCACACUUGUUGGAGACCAGAAUUUACAACUUUAACUUCCUUUUGGUUCUAUGCUCGAUCACUCGUUUCGUUUGGCAUCAGUUUUCUCAAAUAUUGCUGUUGUUUUUGUUGUUUUUUUUGCCAGUGAGGCUCUGUUCUUAAGAGAUUUGCUUGCUGUUAGUAUUUUCGGUCAUAACCACUGUUAUUUGUAAGACUAGUAAGUGUAGAAAUAAUAUAUCUUUUAAAUCUUUAUGAAUGGUACCAAGUAGUAUUCAUUUGUUUCCAACUUUCUUGCUCUUCUGUUUCCACGUUACUUCCUGAUCAGAAUUUAUAACUUUUCUCUUGAUUCUCAGCUUCUUCGGCAUCAGUUUUUUUUUUUUUCUUUUUGAAGUUCGGCUUGGAAGAAACUCCCAGCUGAUCGAUGUCUUUCUUUUGACUUAAGGAGGAGUGAGUGUUCUGUUUCUAAGGAGUUGCUUCAUCACCAGACAUUCACUUCGAUUUUCCACCAUUAAUUUGCGUAUUCCAUUAAAAUAUGGAAUCCAUUGUUUGUGACGCUGCUAAUAAAGUUGUGGAAUACACGUUUGGUGUCAUCAAACGUGGGUUUGUGUACGUAAUAUAUGUUGACAGCAAAGUCCAGAAUCUCAAGGAGAAAGUUCAAGACCUGAUGCAUGCCCGAGAGAGAGUGCAGCAUGAUGUUGAUAGGGCCCUAAGGAAUGCGGAAGAGAUUGAAAAGGAUGUCCUGAAAUGGAUGGCCAACGUCGAUGAGAAAUUAGCUGAAGCGGGUGGGGACAAGUUGAAGGAGGAUGAAGAGAAAGCCAAGAAGAAGUGUUUCAUUGGGUUGUGUCCUAAUUUCAAGUCUCGUUACCAGCUUAGCAAGAAAGCAGAGGAAGAGGCGCAGGCUAUUAUUCAACUCCUGGGAGAAGGCAAAUUCGAAAAAGUUUCGUAUUCUGUUGCUCCAGAGGGGAUAGUAAUCAAAGGUUACAAGGCCUUCGAAUCAAGAACAAGUGCCAUGGAGGGGAUUAUGGAGGCCUUAAGGGAAUCAAGUGUCCGAAUAGUUGGAGUACACGGGAUGGCUGGUGUAGGCAAGACCACCUUUGCAAAAAAAGUUGCAAGUAAAGUCAGGGAAGAACGCUUAUUUGACGAAGUGGCGAUGGCAAUGGUUUCACACAAUCCAGCCAUAAGACAAAUUCAAGGAGAAAUUGCUGAGAUGUUGGGCCUCAAAUUUGAUGUUGAGACUGAUAGUGGAAGAGCAAUGCAGUUACGGCAGCGAUUGAAGAAUGGCAAGAGGAUCCUCAUAAUUUUAGAUGACCUCUGGCAGAAACUCGAUCUUGAAGCUGUCGGGAUCUCAUUUGAUAAUGAGGCCGCUCAAAAAUCUUCUACUGCUGGAUGCAAAAUAUUGCUGACUUCCAGAGGCCUCGAUGUGCUCCGCCUUAUGGAUGCUGAGAGGAGUUUCAAAGUCAAAAUCUUAUCUCAAGAAGAAUCAAUGAUUCUGUUUGCAAAUAUAGUUGGUGAAGCCGUUGGAAAAUCUGAUGAUCAUCAACGUAUAGCGGAUGAAUUGGUGAAAAAAUGCGCAGGGCUGCCAGUUGCUAUUUUAGCAAUUGCAAAUACAUUGAAAGCAAAGGAACUCUAUUUUUGGGAGGAUGCCUUGCGGCAGCUGCAAAGAUCAAUUCCAUCAAACAUAAAAGGGAUGCAAGACGAUGUAUAUUCCACUAUAGAGUUGAGUUACAGAUGGUUGAGCAAUGAGGAAGAGCAAUCUGUGUUCCUGCUUUGCGGCCUGCAUCCUCAAGGUUUUGAUAUUCUUGUCUCUGAUUUGCUACAGUAUAGUAUUGGUUUGAAUUUGUUGGAAGGCAUCAACACUGUGGAAGAAGCAAGGAAAAGAAUUGAUGUACUGGUUCAUGAGCUCAAAGCUUCUAGCUUGCUACUGGAGGGAAAAGGUGACAAAUGGGUGAAGAUGCAUGAUCUCAUUCGUGAUGUUUCCCUUUCAAUCGCCUCUAAAGAUAAGCGGAUGUUGGUCAUAGAGGACGAAAGUCGUAUGAAAGAACUAUUGAAGAAGGGAAAACUCAAUGACUGCACUGCUAUUUCAUUGCCAUACAGUAAUAUUCAUGAGCUUUGUGGUGUGGAAUGCUCGAAACUGGAGCUACUCAUGUUGCUGAAUCAAGAUUCUUCUUUCCAAAUCUCAGACACUUUUUUUGAAGGCAUGAAUGAGCUGAAGGUGCUAAAUGUGACUGGUAUGAGUUUUCCAUCUCUACCUUCAUCUUUUCUUUCAUUAACAAACCUUCAAACUUUGCGUUUGUAUCAAUGCAACUUGUCUGAGAUAGCCAUCAUAAGGAAUCUAAAGAAGUUAGAUAUCCUUAGCUUUCAGGAUUCUAGAAUUGAGCAAUUGCCAGUAGAGAUAGCAGAAUUGACCCAACUGAAGGUAUUAGAUUUGAGUGAAUGUUCCAGGCUUAAAGUGAUCCCAGCAAACGUCAUAUCAAAGUUGUCUAGAUUAGAAGAGCUUUAUGUUAGCAAGAGCUUCGGUCAAUGGAAUGUUGAAGGAAAUGCACAACUUCCAGAGUUGAACUUGUCUUGUUUGUCUGCCUUGCAUGUAUAUAUUCCUGAUGCCCAAAUUAUGCCAAAAGACUUGUUCUCUGUGAAGUUGGGAAGAUACAAGAUUGCCAUAGGAAAUUUUGAUUGGGAUUUUUUUGAGUGUGAAGCUUCAAAAGCAUUGCAACUUAAAUUAGAUACUGGUAUUCAUUUAGAAGAAGGGAUUAAAAUGUUGGUAGAGAAAACUGAGGAGUUACGUAUAAAGGAAUUCAAAGGGGCCCAGAAUGUGCUCUAUGAGUUAGAUAGGGAAGGUUUUCCACAUUUGAAGCAUCUCAGAGUUGAUAAUUCCUCAGACAUGAAAUGUAUUAUUAAGUCCAUGGGGUCGGCUCCACAUAAAGCAUUUCCUGUUUUAGAGUCAUUGGAGCUUGGAGAGCUAACUGUUUUGGAGAAGAUAUGUGAUGGUCAACUCAAAACAGAAUCAUUUAGCAGACUAAAAACCGUAGUAGUUGCAGGGUGUGAUAGAUUGAAGUAUCUUUUCUCAGUCUCCAUGGCAAACAAUCUCUACCAACUUCAAGAAAUUCGCGUAAGGGAGUGCGAGAACAUGAAAGAGAUAGUUGUAGAGGAGGAGGGAAGGGAAGACAAUGUUGUAGAGUUUCGUCAGUUGCGCUCUUUGAAACUGGAAGAUUUGCCAGAAUUGAAAAGCUUUUAUUCCAUGGAGGAAACGCCUUCCUUAAUAGGACAAGGAGGAAGUGUAUCAAGCACAAAUAUGGUUCCACUUUUCAACGGAAAGGUAAUUCAUUUACUGAUUUCUGAGUAAUUAGUUUGUUAUUUGGUAAAACUGUGGUAUUGUUUAUAGCUGUUUUCUUGAAUAUUGGCUUUCAUAAAUUCUAAAGGUUGGAAAGAAUGAGU